CUCCCAGACUGGUGGAAGACGGGGCCAGUGUGUCCUCCAACUAAGUACGUGUUCAUUCAUUCCUAGCGUUAUCUUCGUGCAAGGAUCCCGAGAUGUCAAGGAGAACGCGAAGGUUCAGAUUUCCCAUUGCAUCAUUGAACAGAGAAUUAUAGGAAGCAGCAGAGAAAAGAGUACUAAAAAUACCAGAAACCAGAUCCUCUAUAUAAGGCGUUUUUUGCAGGCAAAUCCAAAUCAUGUCGGGCAUGGCAAGCUACUUGCCUCGUGCGACUGGUGGCUUCGUGACUCGUGCUGUAGCUACUUCGUUCGUGAUCGUGUCUCUGUUGCGUCCAUUUCACGAGCUGUGCACAUCACAGGAGCAACUUCCCACCCUGGAAGUUGUCGGCAAAAAAAGUGGUGCGAAAAAAAAGAGUGCGAAGCAAGCCAAAAGUGAAAAAAAGGCGAAAAAGAAACAGAACAAGCAAAAGGAUAGCGGUGGCAAAAAGGCAGCAAGUGCCACCAGUGACGCAGAAAAAUCGAAGAAAGCCACAAACUCAAACGAUCGCCCGAGCAGCACGAAGAAGAUCCCGGAGGCAAUAGAGGAGGAGAAUGAGGACGAUGAGGAGGAUACUAAAUCCUCGGGCGGUAAAAAGAAAUUCCACGAACUAGACGGGGCGCCAAUGGCGGACUUUCCCGCGACGACCAACACAGUGCCGGUGGUAUCAGGCGAAAUCGACUGGGCAGAAUUUUACGAGAAGUACGCCCGACACCACCAGCCGGUGCUGUUCCGGAACGCGAACUUCCGCAACCCCUUCUUGGAGAAGUGGACCGACCAGUACUUUGCAAAGGACAAAAAGAUCGGCAAAAUUGUUGUGAAUGCGGAACGAUCCAAAUCGGAGGUCCGGGGCGGGCCCCGAGCACAGAUGCUGUUCAAGGACUUCAUCAAACGCAAGGACGUGGAGGAUCUGUAUGCCAUCAUCGGCACCGAGGCGGUCCCGGAGUUCGGCCAAAGUCCUGCGGGGCUGAUGAAAGCGUUCGCGGUGAAGGGCCCGAAGGGGAAAAAGGCGAAGGACGGCGCGCCGCCCGAAUUUGUGCUGCACAACCGCAAGAUGCUCGACCUCAAAUCUUCCCAAAGAACCAGAGCCGCCAAAUCUAGUUCAUCGAAAAAGAAGUUAUCUGCGGAGGAGAGGUUGCAGAGCGAUGUGGAAAUCCCCAGAAUGCUGGCUUGCGAGGAAAACCUGUAUCAGUCGAUGACCAUCUGGUUCUCCAGCGGAGGCACCAGCUCCGUGCUGCACCAAGAUGACGCCGACAACUUUCUCAUGCUCCAGGAGGGCAGCAAGCUCGUCACGCUGAUCGACCCCAAGUUUGCCCGCGAAAUUGCGAUCAAGGGGGGCUACUCCAGGAUCAACCAAGAUCGGGUGAACCUGAAAAAGCACCCCAAAUUUUUUCACGUGCCGAAGCAACGGCUGACGAUGUACAAGGGCGACAUUCUCUUCAUUCCCAACGGCUGGUUUCACCAGGUCAAUUCUGGGGGGACCCGCAAUCUGGCGGUCAACGUUUGGUAAGUUGUACUCUUCUAUCUUCACAUGAGAAACUACAAACACAAAGAAACCUUCUGUAAACCGUACUUAAAUGGCCAAGUCCUCACGCAGGACAAAAUUGCUGAUCAUGCAUCAUGACCUUUCUCGAUGCCGCACGUGUGUGUGUCUGUGCGUGUGCCAGUCGUGUUGAAAACCUCUAUAAGGCACUUGUAAUUGUAUCGACAAGGUGGAGUCGGCAGGAUGAUUUUCAUUGGGCGGAGAACCUGGACACCAUCCCGGACCUCUCCAAAACGCGGCCGAAGGCUAGCCUGCCGACGAACGAGACGGUUUGCACGCCGCUGCCACCGAGGGAGGACGGUAGUCGCAUUAUGCAUUGCAAAAAUGUCUGGGUCUGGAAGAUUCCGAGACUUGUCAUGCAGUUUUUCCAAGCUCCGCCAAGUCUGGAAUGCAGGGCCUGGCAUCACAGGUUCUGGAGCCCCUUGGUGAUGCCUAUUCUGCAUGAGAAAUGCCCUCUCAGAAUGGCCAGAAAUGGGGACCUUUUGAAAGUCACGCAACACAGAUUUUUGUAUGAUCCGCAACACGCAUCACAAGUUCGCAUCCUUCCAGACCCAGACAUUUUUGCAAUCCAUACGCAUGGUGUUUCACGAUGUGACCUUUUUCGACGAGGGGGUCUUGGGGAGCUAUCAAAUGUAAAAAUGUCUGGGUCUGGAAGAUUGGAACUUGUGAUGCUAACCUUGGACUCUAGAAAAAUCUGUAUUGCAUGACCAGCAAGACGAGGAGUCUACUUUGUGCUACGCGGGGAGGGCAUUUGUCAUGCGGAGUAGCCAUCAGGAAGCCAGCGCAAAAUCUGUGAUGCGCGGUCGUGCAUUACAGACAUCCUGGGUCAUGCAAAACAUGCAUGACAUUUCUCAGAAUCUUCCAGACCCAGACACUUUUACAUUUGAUAGUAGCGUGCGCGAACUGAUGAAGAGGCGGUACCAGAUAUGCACUGCACAAGUAUCGUAGUAGUAUAAAUCGCAUGACAGAUUUCCUCAUCAUGAGAAGUGGAAUUUCUAAUGCGCAUUUAGCUUGAGAAGGAAAUUUGUAAUGCAUCAAUGCGAUAUAGUACGAAUGCGGUACUUUUGCACAGGAUACCAGAAACGGUACAACUACAACAUGCGCGAAAUUUAUGAGGAAACUGUGGUAGCCUGUGCAACUACUGUAUCGUAUUUGUAGUAAUCGCAAUCAUGCAUUACAAUUCUCUAUUCCAAGGUGAAACAGCAUGACAAAUUCUAUUUCUCAUGCGGGCCGAAUUUGUAAUGCGAUUUCUACUAGUGCGAUGCUUUUGCAAUGCAUACGUGGCGCGACGAACGGAUCUGGAUCGGGACUCAGAAGAGGAGGAGGACUUGCGACGUGCGAACGAGCAGUAUAAGAAGGCCCAAAACGGCGACGGCACCGACUCUGAAGCGGAAAGCGACGACGAGGAGGAGCAGCAGAAGCAAGAUGAAGAAAGUUACGAAGAAAAAAGUGGAGAAGCGAGCGUAGACUCGGACGAGGAGCUUUAAUAGGAACAACCGAAAGGUGUUUCUGUUUCUUCAACAAAAUCAGGAGCCGAACAGUCGCAGUAGACGGAGAUAUUGUUAUUGGAAAAGCUGCAACGCAAAUGCGGAAAAACGAAGGGUGGACAAAAGUAGAAUUCCCACAUUUAUUCUAAACUCGAGCUGCAACCCGCAGUACUUCGGUACAAGGGCAGCUCCUGUAGCAGAACCCCUGCCUUCCUAGAAAUUGAGACUCCUGAAACAAUAACGACGGUGCCUCCUCGAUGUCAACAUAAAAGAUUACUUACAAGAAUGUGGAAGGAAUGCCGGAAAAACGGCCACCUUGCG